AAUGAAACCAUUUCAUUCAGACUGCGUUCCCCUGGUGUAAGUGUCUGUUGGCACCCUGAGGACAUCUGUAAGUUGAUGGUGGCGGAGAAGAAAGGCACAAUACGGUUCUAUGAUCUUGUUACACAACACGCAAUUCUGUCUCUGGACAGCGGGCAGGUGCCGCUCAUGUCAGCUGACUGGUGUCUCACAAACACUAUUAAGGUUGGAGCUGUGGUGGCCAAUGAUUGGGUGAUCUGGGACAUUACCCGCUCUAGUUAUCCACUUGAGAAGAGACCAGCUCAUGUUGACAAGGCAAGACAUUUCAGAUGGUCAAGGGCAAAUGAGAAUCUUUUCGCUACCACCGGCUAUCCGGGAAAAAUCAAUAGUCAGUUACUGGUGCAUCAUCUGGGGCAUCCACAGCCUGUGAUGAUUGGUUCUGCAUCUGUGGGGGCUGGUCUAAGCUGGCAUAGGACCCUGCCUCUAUGUGUUAUCGGUGGGGACCGAAAGCUGUUCUUCUGGAUGACAGAGAUGUAACCUGGACAGAAGUCAACUGGAGAGUGUUUCUGUUUUUCUU